AUGUACAGCCAGAAGCGCUAUGACAGCCCACCAGAUUACAGCCCACCUACGUAUCAUCAACAGAACAGCCAUGGAUCCUAUGGUUAUCCCAUUAAGUCUGCACAUCCCGAUUCAUUUUACCAAGAGGACAUCCCUCCGCAGCACUUCUAUAAGUGGAACUCACCACCUGGCAUCGUCCGAAUUCUUCAAGGCAUUGUUGUAUUUUUGUGUUUGGCUGUUUUUGCCUGUGUGGCAUCAACAUUGGCCUGGGAAUAUAACUAUGGCUACAUGGGUGGCUUAGGUGGCUUAGGUGGAUACGGCUAUGGUGGAUAUGGUUAUGGGGGAUACCUUGGUGGCUAUGGCUAUGGUAAUAGCUAUGGUAUGACCAAUCCCCAAGCAGCAAGUGGCUUCAUGAUGGCCAUGUCUGUGUUGACUUUUAUAGCUAACUUGGGACUAUUUAUAGCGAGUGUAACUAAAUCCAGUGGAACACGGUCACGUAAAUUCUUUAUGAUUGUAUUGGUGCUGAGUGCAGUUUUGGCUACCCUGGAUCUUAUCGCCACCAUUGUGUAUAUUGUUGGAGUAAAUCCGAGAGCCCAGAUGAGUGGUGGCAUGUAUUAUAGUCAGAUGAUGGCAUUAUGUAACCAAUUCUACACUCCUGCAGCUUCUGGAGCAGGCAUCAUGAAUCAGUAUCUCUACCACUACUGUAUGGUGGAUCCACAGGAGGCUAUUGCUAUAGUGUGUGGCUUUAUUGUGGGCAUUCUGCUCUGUGUCACAUCCUUCUUUGCACAGAAGACAAGAGGCAAGAUAUGGCGUUACGGGGAGCCUAAUAUUUACUGGGAGAGACCCUUUGAGCCCUAUCAAGAGGGUCCUAAUGUGGAGGAAUGGGUAAGGGCUAAAUUAUAA